UAACCUUACCCUCAUAGUAUGAUGGGGGGAGUGGCCCUGGACCUGCCUCCGCGCUGACCUGGGCCCUCGUAAAAUGCUGGGCGGGAACAGCCCUAAAACUGAUCAGCACUCUAAUUUGAACCCUGGUGGUGGGGAUGGCGGGGGGCGUCCCUGAUCUAGCCCACACUCUAACCCUAGAUCGAGGGGCGGGAAUUGGUCCUGAACUCACCCACACUUUAACUUUAACCCUCGUAGGAGGGCAUUUUUAACUUUAACCUGGGUGAAAGGGGAGGACAGGAGGUAGCCCUGGGGGUGAUUGACACUCUAAUUUUAGUCUGGGUAAGAGAUAGGGGAGGAACAACCCUAAACAUUAUUAAAAAGAAAGGGCAGGGAAGGGUCCUUAGGCGGUGUGGGGAGAGGAUUAGUGUAAGCCAGGAUGGCUUGGUGGUAGAGUGAUGGCCUUUGGUGUAGGGGACCGGGGUUCGAGUCCCGCUCGGUGCAGGUUUUCUUGGGGGCUGGUCAGUUGAUCCGCUGGUGGUUGGGUCCGAAGGUGAUAAAAAGAACGAGGUGGUAUCAAUACGGGCAGAAUCGAGCGAAGGGACCGGUUGUUUGAUGGUAACCUUUAUGGUCUUGGGUUGCGGAGUCGCCACGGGCGAGGUGACUGGGGCAUUAACCCUAAUAGGAUGAGGGGCAGGAAUAGCCCUGAACUUAACCCCACCCUAAACUUAACCCUUAUGGGAUGAUGGGCGGGGAUAGCCCUGAGCUUACCUCCACCCUGACCUUAACCCUCAUGGGAUGGUGGGCAGGAAUAGCCCUGAACCUACCUCCGCCCUGACCUUAACCCUCAUAGGAUGAUGGGCAGGAAAUAGCCCUAAGCUGAUCAGCGCUCUGGUUUGAACCCUGGUGGUUUUGAACUGACCCACACUCUAACCCUAGAUUGAAGGGCGGGGAUUGGUCCUGAACUCACCCACACCUUAACCCUCAUAGGAGGUCUUCUUAAUUUUAACCUGGAUAAAGGCGAGGACAGGAGGUACCCCUGGGGGUGAUUGACACUCUAAUUGUAGUCUGGGUAAGAGAUAGGGGAGGAAACAACCCCUAAAAGUUAUUGGUCUCUAGGCGGUGCUGGGAGAAGAUUCGUGUAAGCCCGGAUGGCUUGGUGGUAGAGUGAUGGCCUUUGGUGUAGGGGACCGGGGUUUGAGUCCCGCUCGGUGCAGGUUUUCUUGGGGGCUGGUCAGUUGAUCCGCUGGUGGUUGGGUCCGAAGGUGAUAAAAAGAACGAAAUGACGGGAGAGUUGGGCGAAAGGAGGUGGUUUCGCGAGGAUCUUUAUUGUCCCGGGUUAGGGAGUCACCACGAACGAGGUGACCGGGGUAAUGUAAAAGCAGGUGCAGAAAAGGUACAAGGGAUAGCAACGGCGGAAAAUUCGAGAGGAACGACUAUCCUGGACCGGCGACUAGUCGACUUCAAGCUUAAAGCGUCAUGGCAGAACAUUGAAGUCGACUAAUCAAUUAGUCUGUGCAACCCCUACAUUACAGACGUGAUGUGUGCGUCCGUCUGCUCUUUAAAUUCAGCUGCACGGAUGCAGACGCUCACAUCUGCAGGACCCAGUGCUCUGACAGCCUACCGCUGACUUUCCACUGAGAGAUCAGUCAGAGCCAUGUACAGAUCUGAGCAAACAGCGAGACUUCUCCUGAUAAUGUGUGUGUGGGGAAUCUUCCCUCCGCCGGCAGAGCAGUUACCUGUUCGAGAGGGUGUCAAUCUGCUGCUGUAUCCGGUAUCGGUGAUGGGGCCGUACGGAUCUCACACGGCUCUGAAACCAGUGACUGGGACUGAGCAGAUCACACAACGCAGCCAAAAUCCACAGGCAAACCACAGCAAGAUCAGCCCUCAAAGUGUGUCCAAACCUUUACAUGCGAACAGUGCAUUUCUGCAGCCGGACCCUGUCCAUGGCCCUGACCUUCACACUGUCCCAUCUGUGCCUUUGGUUAUGCAGGAGCAGAUGUCAAGUUUCAUACCUAUAAAAAACAUCGCUCAGCAGGUCUAUUUAUUUGUCCAGCAGGCUGUAAUUUCAGAUUCAGGUAGUUCAGAGGAAGGAGCUGCUGCUCAGGUGAUUUAUAUGGUUCCUGUCAGUGUGGAUUCACCCAAUAUGAGUGUGAUGGAGGGCACCAUGCCCAAUCCCGACCCAGGACACCUGCAGGUUCCGGCCAGCACCCCUGCUGUGGCCACUGCGGCACGGCUGGACGCUCAGGGACAGCUGGGGAAAACUGUGGCGACAGAAAGAGCCAUGCAGACACGCUCUGGGAGAGAAAGGCCUCUGACCACAAGCACUCCACAGGAAACACACCAGCUGAUCAGAAAAUGAAAGCCCAUUCACUGAUGCUUGGAAAUUGUAGUGUGCAGAACUGUAAAAUAACGUGUUUCAGCCCAAAAACAGCUCUAUAUUUAAUGUGGUGUUUUUAUUCAGUGAGCACAUUUAUUAGUUUCAGCUUAAUCUAUACAAUGAAUAUUAGUUUUCUUUUAAGCCCCAAAUCACAUCAUAUUUAAUUCUCUUCACUGUGACUGUAGUUCAGAAGUGUUCCCAACAAUCAUCACAGUUUUAAAUUCUACUUCUACUUUUAUACUUUGGAUAUCAAAAACUAACAAGUAACAAAGAAACACUGAGUGUUGAUUUAUUUAAGGCAACAGAGGAGGUGAAUUUUUUCGGAUCACACAACGAGACGCUACCAGAUAAACAAGAGAAUGAGCGUCGCAUGUCGACUGAAUUAUGCUUAUCAUGUUUCUGUUGUUUGCCUUUGAAUAACUCUGCAGUAAGAUUGAACAUCUGAUUGUUGUUUUCAGGAUGUGAAUUACUGUGAGAACUUGGCAUUUCCUCUUGGUGUGUGACCUUUGACCUCAGUAUCAUUUCCAUUCAGUGGAUAGUUUAUUUACAUUAAAGUCUGGUGCCGUC